AUAAAUGCAGAACUUGUCUGCUUUGUAGCAGGAAAGGGCAUUUUUUUUUUCUCUUAGGGGAAAGAGCAUAGCGAGGCCUCCUUGCCUUUCUGUCCUUGCUUCAGGUCAGUGUGGCUGAGGCCCAUGGCGUAUCCCAACUGCUCAGCUGCCAGCCCUGUGGUGGACACAGCUAUGGGCAUCAUGCUGACGCUGGAGUGUGUCCUGAGUCUUACUGGCAACGCUGUCGCCCUUUGGACCCUCUUUAACCGUCUCAAAGUGUGGAAGCCGUAUGCUGUCUACCUGUUCAACUUGGUGGUGGCUGACCUGCUGCUGGCAACCUGUCUGCCACUCUUUGCUGCCUUCUAUCUGAAGGGCAAGACCUGGAAACUCGGCCACACGCUCUGCCAAGUCCUGGUCUUUCUGCUGACCUUCAGCCGUGGUGUGGGGGUAGCCUUCCUGACAACAGUGGCUCUAGACCGGUACCUUCGUGUGGUCCAUCCGAGGCUCAGAGUUAACUUGCUGUCUCCAAGGGCAGCCAGGGUCAUCUCCAGCCUCAUCUGGCUUCUGAUGGUUGCUCUCACUCCCCAAAACCUGCUCACUCACAAGACUACCCAGAAUUCCACUGAGGGUCCCAGCUUCUACCCCACGAGAGAGGUUGAGGCCAGUGCCACCUGGCAGGAGGUGCUCUUCUUCCUUCAGUUCCUGCUUCCCUUCGGCCUCAUCUCCUUCUGCAACACUGGGAUCAUCAGGACCCUCCAAAGGAGACUCCGGGAGUCUGACAAGCAGCCCAGGAUCCGGCGGGCCAGGGCGCUGGUUGCCAUGGUGCUGCUACUGUUUGGGCUGUGCUUCCUGCCUAGUGUCCUGACCAGAGUUCUGGAGCAUGUGUUUCGAGAAUGUGAGAGCUGCAGUGUCCAGCAUGUCAUAGUGCAGGCCUCUGACAUCGCUGGUGGCCUCACCUGCCUGCACGGUGCACUGAGCCCGACCAUUUACUGCUUCUCCAAUCCAGCCUUCACCUACUCAUACCGGAAGGUGCUCAAAAGCCUUCGAGGCAGGAGGAAGACAGCAGAGCCAGCUAGCUCCAACUUCAGGGACUCUUAUUCCUGAUGACUACUGAAAUCUUCAGCUCCCUUUUGAUUGGGAAGCACCUUGAAUCUAAGCAAUAACCCAGUAGUCUCUGGGAGAAGAGAGAAAUUGCACUACAGGGCUCCAGACAUAAACUCAGUCCCUGAGGUGGCCCACUGACCUCACCUGGAUUUCUCCCUGCUACUUUACACUGCAUUGGUCAAUCUGAAUCACCCUGACAGAGCCUGCCUCCAUGGCAGUGGCCAUCCAGAUAGGGUUGCCAAGCUGCACUGAGCAUUUCUGCACGUCCGAACUGAAAGAACCCACCAGGCUAUGUCAGUGGAGGAGAAUUCUGGUACCAUCUAUUCUCUUGGGUCAUAUUCACUCUCCAAGACUUCAGUUCUCCAGGAUGAAAACUGAUUUCUUCUUGCCUAGCGUGGAGCUCAGAACAACGGAAGCCAGAAGCCUCCCAGGUUCUGAAGAGGUUGCAGGUCACUCUCUGUUUUUAUCAAUUUCUCCUUCAUUUUUUAUAGGUUGUGUGGAGUGUCACAGAUAGUUGAGCGAGCUACCUCCUCCAGUGUGAGAAAUAUCCGGUAGUUGCCUCAAAACUGGCCUGGAAGGGCUUGCUCAGCUUUGAAUGUCUGAAUGUGUUUUACUUUCUCUACCUUGCUUUGAAAGAGACACCAUAACUUUAUUUUGGCCCUGGGGAAAGAGAUACUUGCAUUUGAAAUGGUGCUUGAAGCAAGCCAGGGACCAUAAGGGCUGGCAGAUCAUGACAUGGGAGCUGGGGCUGGUGGUAUCACCUCACUCCUAGAACACGCAGGCUGGGGGCAGGCUGGAGAGCAGGAUUUGAAAGCCGUUCUCACUGCUUUGUCUCUUUUCCAAGCUCAUUUCUGGAAAGGCAGGUAAGGCAGAGGCAUCUCCAGAAUGCUUGUAGGGCACCUACUGACUAUCUGGACGUUCUUGCAAUGGCCAUGGCUCUUCACACAGGCACUCUACAGCAUGCCCUGUUUGAUGCCAAAGCUGACGGCACUGGCAGCAUCGUGUCCACUCACGGCGCUCCUUGCCUGCUUGGUGGAUUUCUUGUCAGGACCCCACCCGUGACAUUAUGCAAAAGAGUAGAAAAGUCCCCUAGACCAGGGUGGCCUGUCAGCCUCAGAGUCCCAGGGGAGCAGAUACUUUUCAGCAACCCUUUUAUUUUCCAGGAUUUAUUUCUUCCUAAGAGAGUAGACUGCAACAGGCCUGAGACAGAACUGUGGCCUUGUCAGGAUGUGACUAAAGUCUGCUGGGUGGUCAUUCUGUGAUGCAUCCCUUCUUCCAGGAGAGGAAAAGCGCCUCCGGCUCCCUCAUGCAUGAGCAGUCUCAACAAUGCUUUGAAAACCGGGAGGGGAGGAGGGAGGGCCUUAUGGGGGGAUACAAAGUGAAUAAACUGUAAUUAAUAAAAAU